AUGGGCAAGAGAGGUAGACCAAGAAAAAUUGUUCAUGACGACGAUGACGACGAUGACAAUUCUGGGUCAUAUGGUAAUGGGUCACAUUCUAGAAGAGCAACGAGAAGAAUAUCAUAUAAAGAAUCCGAUGACGAUGAAGAUUUUGACGAUUUAGAUACUCCUAAAGAUGAAAACGAAGAGGAUGCUGCACCACCAGAAGGUGAACUUCCUAAGGAGGACGGAAAUGAAGAAGAUGAUUAUAAAGAAGAACCGGCAUAUGACGAUGAUGAUGAACAAGCAUAUACACCAAGACCAAAGAGAAGAAAAACAUUGAAACCUAAACGUAGGAUAUCCGAGUCUGAUGAUGAAUUUGAAGCUGGCCCUGACGAUGAUGAAACAGAAGAUGAUGAUGCAAUGUUUUCCGAUGAUGAUGAAGAUGAAGUUGUUACUAGAAGGAAAAAAGUAGACGAUUUUAUUGUUAAAGAUGAAAAUGAUUGGGAUGAUGAUGAUGAUGAUGAGGAUGCAUCGUUUUCCGUAACUGGUAAAAAGAAAAGAGGUAGAAAGAAGAAGUCCAGUCAAAAUGGAGCUAAAAGAACAAGAUCACAUAGAAUGUUUGAUGGUCUUGAUAUAACUCUUGAUCAACCGGAACAACCGCCUGUUGAAUCUGAUGGGGAAUUAAAUAUUCAAAAGGAAAUUGCUGACCUAUAUGACUCAUCACCAAUCCAUGGAGAUGUUGAGAAACCACACAAGUUACGUCAACGUACUAAAGUAGACUAUACUAUCCCGCCACCAAUCACCAAUGACUUACAAUUAGAGAAAGAAUUUAGAGCAGCAACACCCACAAAUGUUCGUAAGAGAGGAAGAACUCCAAAUCCAAGAAAUGAGUUCAGAAAGAUUUUGUACCCUACAGCUGGUCCAUUUGGUGGUAGUGAUGUUAUAUCAAUAUUUGGUACAAAUAUUCCACCUGCUGGUAUUCCAAUUCCAGGUGCUGAAGGUAUACCAGGAACUUCUGGUAAUUUAACUGCGCUUGGGCAAAGUGCUAUUGAUUCAGAUAGUUCGGAAGAUGAAAUUGCUCCAAUAAACGGAGAAGCUACUAUAAGUAAGAAGACCCCAAAGACAAGAAAACCUAGUAUAGGAGGCACAGGUGCUGGAAAAUUAAUUACUGGUGGAUCUGACGAUAGCAACAAUAAAAAGAAAAAGAAUAACCUCAGUGAUACUGAUCCAUUGGGUGUUGAUAUGAAUAUUGACUUUUCUGUUGUUGGUGGGUUGGACAACUAUAUUAACCAAUUGAAAGAAAUGGUAGCUUUGCCAUUGUUGUACCCAGAAUUAUACCAGAAUUUUGGUAUAACUCCUCCAAGAGGUGUUCUUUUCCAUGGUCCUCCAGGUACUGGUAAAACUUUAAUGGCCAGAGCAUUAGCUGCCAGUUGUUCUACUGAACAAAGAAAAAUUACAUUCUUUAUGAGAAAGGGUGCUGAUUGUUUAAGUAAAUGGGUUGGUGAAGCUGAGCGUCAAUUAAGAUUAUUAUUUGAAGAGGCAAAAAAUCAACAACCUUCGAUUAUUUUCUUUGAUGAAAUUGAUGGGUUGGCUCCAGUUAGAUCGUCCAAACAAGAACAAAUCCAUGCUAGUAUAGUGUCAACACUUUUGGCAUUGAUGGAUGGUAUGGAUAAUAGAGGACAAGUUAUUGUUAUUGGUGCUACAAAUAGACCGGAUGCUAUUGAUCCAGCUUUAAGAAGACCAGGUAGAUUUGAUCGUGAGUUUUAUUUCCCAUUACCAGAUAUCAACUCAAGAAAAGAUAUUUUGAAAAUUCAUACCAGAAAAUGGACUCCACCAUUGCCAGAUGUUUUCUUGGAAAGUCUUGCGGAAUUGACUAAAGGUUAUGGUGGUGCUGAUUUACGAGCAUUGUGUACUGAAGCUGCUUUGAAUAGUAUACAAAGAAAAUACCCACAAAUCUAUGAGACCAACGAAAAAUUAUUGGUUCACCCAUCAAAAGUUAAGGUAAUUGCUAAAGAUUUUAUGAAAGCUAUCGAAAAAAUUGUUCCAUCCAGUGCCAGAUCCACAUCGUCUGGCUCGGCACCAUUACCUGAUCAUUUGAAACCAUUGUUGGAAGCUGAAUUUAAUGAGAUUGUUGAAAAACUUGAACAGCUCUUACCAAAUUCCGUUGGUAUGAAGGGCAAAAAGAAGUUCACUGCUUUAGACGAAGCUAAAUAUCUUGAUCCUACAAUCAAUGACGAAGAUGGUGGUUUUGCUAAACAACAAUUAUUGAAGACAUUAGAAAAUUCUAUCAUUUGCCGUCCGCAUUUGUUAAUCAGUGGCUCUGAAGGAAAUGGUCAACAAUAUUUAAGUGCAGCAGUAUUGAAUCACCUUGAAGGGUUCCAAGUUCAAUCGUUAGAUUUAGGUACUAUGUUUGGUGAUACAAGUAGGACACCAGAGCUGGCUAUUGUUCAAGCAUUUAUUGAGGCAAGAAGACAUCAGCCAUCGAUAUUGUUCAUUCCUAAUAUCGACAUUUGGUUUCAAGUAUUACCAGAUCCUGCAAGAGCUACUUUGACUAGUUUGCUUCGUGGGUUGAAAAGUAAUGAGAAGUUGUUGUUAUUGGGUAUCUCUGAAACUCCGAUCGAAGACUUGUCUGCAGAUGUUAGAUUGAUGUUUGGUUUAGAAAACCAUGCGAAUAAUGUGAUUUUAUACAAUCCAAGUCGAUCAUCCAGAGAAGCUUAUUUUGGAACUUUAAAGAAAACAUUGUUGAUGAAACCAUACGAGUUUGUUAAUGAUUUGGAAAAUCGUCCAAAGAGAAAGUUAAAACAAUUGAAAGUUGUUCAAAGUACUGAACAAUUAUCUGAUGAAGUUGCCAACAAGAGGAAACUUAAAGAACAAGAAUAUAAAGACACCAAGUUGAAGAACGUUUUGAAGAUCAAAUUAGCUGCUUUGAUGGAUUUGUUCAAAGUUAGAUACAGAAAGUUUAGAAAACCAAUUAUUGAUGAAAGUUUCCUUGCUCAUUUAUUUGACCCUACUAUUUUGGAAAAUCCACUUAAUAACUACAUGGUUUUGUACGUUCAUUCAGACGAUCCAGGCCAUGAAAAUAUGAUUAAGGAAUUAUCUACUGGUAAAUACUAUUACAACAUGGAUUUGGAUUUGAUUGAAGAAAGAUUAUGGAAUGGUUUCUACAGUGAACCAAAACAAUUUUUGAAAGAUUUGAAAAUGAUUGUUAAGGAUUGCUUCACAAGCGGAGAUAGAGAAAGAAUCUUGAAAGCUAAUGAAAUGAUGACCAAUGCGCAAUUUGGAGUUGAUGAUUUUUCUACUCCCGAGUUUUUGAAAGCUUGUCGAGAAGUUCGAGAAAGAGAUAUUAUCAAGCAAAAGAAAUUAUUGGAAGAACAUGAAAAACUUCAAGCUGAAUUGGCUAAACAACAUCAACAACUUGAAAUUGUACAAGAAGCCGAAGAAGGUCAAGCCGAGAAACCAGUGGUUGUUAUUAAUGAUACAACUGUUCCUAGUGGUGUCGCUGAAAGUGAAGAGAAACCAGUAGUUGAAACUAUUGACGAGACUCUGAAGGAAAUCCAAGUUGAUGGUGUCAAUGGUGGAAGUACUACACAAGAGGUAGAAGAAGAAAUCAAGCAAAACGGACCUAUACCAAUUGAAGAAAAACUUGUUCCUGUUGCCGAAGAUGUUGAAAUGAAAGAUGCUGCUAACGUUGAAGUAAAUGGAACAUCAGGAACAAAGCAAGUUGAAGAGGAAAAAUCAGUUGAACCAGUGCUGGAUCCAAAGGAACCAACAUCAGAAGCAGUUGAAGAACCGGAAGUUUCAGAAAUCAUUGCUGACCAAACUAUGGAAGACUCAGAAUCUGAAGCUGAAGAAGAACUCGAUAUUGAUUUGACUAAAGAAAUUGAAAUCGAUUUACAAAAAUUGGACAAUUUAAGUCAAGAAUUACUUGAUAUAACUGAACAUUAUAACGUUGAGAAACUUGAAAUCGCUAUGGCAAGACUCAUGGAUGUUAUAUGGAGAGAUAGAAACCAAUGGGAUAAAUCAGCUACAUUAGAUAACUUGAAGAAUACUAUCGAUUCAAUCAAAGCUACUUUAUAG